AUGAUACGGCGCAAACAACUCAAGAAUUCGCAAACUUCGGAAAUUAACAUAAAUAAUGACGGCACCUCCUCCAAAGUAAAAGCCAUGCGACAUGGAUCGGUUAAAGAUGCAGAAAGUGAUGAAGAAGAUUUGAGAGCGCAGAUACGUAACGAUGUGAAUGAGGAAAAUUUAUUGAAUAUGGAAAUUCCUCCAAUGCCGGAACCUAUUAUGAGUGCUGAUGGUAAUGGAAAUAGGCUGAUGUUAACUAGUAUCAAUGUUGAAAAUUUCAAAUCUUAUUAUGGCAAGCAUGUUUUGGGCCCUUUUCAUCAUAAUUUUUCGGCUGUGAUUGGUCCUAAUGGAAGUGGAAAAAGUAAUGUAAUUGAUUCGUUGUUGUUUGUCUUCGGUUAUCGUGCAUCGAAAAUUCGCUCAAAAAAAAUUAGUGUCCUUAUCCAUUCUUCUGCUGGACGCGAAGACAUAUCGAGUUGUACCGUUGGUGUAAAUUUUCAAAAAAUCAUUGAUCUGCCGGAUGGUAGUUACGAUGUUGUACCACAUAGUCAGUUUACUGUCAGUCGAACAGCAUUUCGAGAUAAUUCUUCGAAAUAUACAUAUAAUGGAAAGACAAUGCAAUUUAAAGAAAUUGCAACGCUUUUACGAGAUGGGGAAGUAGAACAAAUUGCUUUGAUGAAACCCAAAGCUUUGAACGAGAACGAUGAUGGCAUGCUUGAAUAUUUGGAAGACAUCAUAGGUUCAAGCAGACUCAAAGUUCCAAUCGAAAAAAUCCAGCAAAAAAUCGACCAGUUACAAGAAGAACGUUCUGCCCAGUUGAAUCGCACAAAAUUUGCUGAGAAAGAAAAGAUUGAUGCAGAGGGUCCUAUGGCAAAUCUUGUUACCGAACUACGUGUUGACAACGGUGUUGCGUUGACAAAAAAUCGUUUGUUUCAAGCUGAAAAAUGUGGAAUUAAACUGGAAUUAAAAGCUGAUGAGGAAAAAAAAGAAAAACUUGAGAAAGAAUUAGAAGUUGCGAAACAACGACAGCAGGAAGUUUUAGCCCUGCAAAAAAACAGGAAGGAUGAGCAGAAAGAGCUUCAAAAAGCGUUCGAUAAAAUUCAGGAAGAGUUUGAAAAAACGAAACAUCAGCUUAGCGAGUUCGAGCAGGCAGAAAAAAGACGUAAGGCUGAGCUACUUCGUCUCAAUGAAAAGAGAAGUAAAUUGGUCGAGGACAUUACGAAGGAAGAAAAAAAGAUCGCUGAGUUAGAACAAGUUCCACUGAAAGCUAAGAAGAAACUUGAAGAAUUUCUCGAAAUACUAAAUGGUAUUGAUGAUGAGAUUACUCGCAAGCAAACUGAAGUUGAUGCUCAUUUGAAAGAAGUACAAGAACAAACAGCUAUAUUUGAAGAUCCCAAGAAAACAUUAGAAGAACAACUUGGAAAGCUCACUGCUAAAGAAGACGAAGCAAGCAGCAAGUUAACGUUGGCUCAAGAAUCGCUGCAGUUAAUGCGCAGAGAGGAGGAAAUGGAAAAUAAAAAACUGCUUGAAGUCCGUACAGAACUCGGGGAUUCAAAAUCACUCUUGGAAUCUAAGAAAAAGCAAAUACUUCCGAAUAUUAAUAAGGAACUUCAUGCUCUACAAUGUGAUUUCAUGACUAAAAAAAAGGAGGAAACAGAAUGUGCUGAUAGGGUUCGACAACUUAUGUCCAAGUUUGAACGGAAGAGAGUAGUAUUAGAAGAAUAUCAAACUCAUAAUAAGAUGCUGAGACGUUUAAUGCAAGAAAAAUCAUCUGGAAAUAUACCUGGGAUAUAUGGGCGGCUUGGUGAUCUUGGCGCAAUCGAUGAAAAGUACGAUGUAGCUAUCUCGACUACAUGUGGAGCCUUGGAUUUUAUUAUAGUUGAUAACAUUGAAACUGCUCAAACAUGCAUAGAAUUCUUGAAACGUGAAAAUUUGGGUAUAGGUUCUUUCAUGGCUCUUGAUAAGCAAGAUAAAUUCCGUCAAUAUAUGGGAAGACUGCCCUCCACCCCAGAAAAUGUACCUCGAUUAUUUGAUUUGAUUCGUGUUAAAGAUCCCGCUAUAUUGCCUGCAUUUUAUUCUGUAUUACGUGACACUUUAGUAGCAAAUGAUAUCACGGCAGCAACGCGUAUCGGGUUGGAUGGUAAUGUUCGAUGGCGUGUAGUUACACUGAAUGGUGAAGUGGUUGAAACAAGUGGUGCCAUGACUGGUGGAGGAAAUUCCCAAAAAAGAGGAAGAAUUGGUCAAAAUGUUAGAAUUGAUACUACAACGGAUUCGGUCAAAGUAACCGAACUCAAAAAGGCUCUUGAUGAAGAACAAAACCGACUUGCUACUGUACGGUCUGUUAUGCAGAAGCUGAAUUCUCGCAUAGUGCCUCUUCAAGCUGAUCAAGACAGACUUACAAAAAAUGAGCAAAGUCUGUCUCAUGAAAUUGGACAUUUAGAACGAAAAGUGGUCAGUAUGGAACAAAUAUUGAAAGAACAACUCAGUAGACUUGAAAGCGUUGCUAUCGAUGAAAAAAGCAUAGAACAAAAGAAAAUCGAAAUUGCGAAGCUCGAAGAAGUUCGUGACAGAGCUUUACAAGCAGCUGAAGAUGCACGUAAUAAAGUCGCAGAAAUAAAUUCAAAAAUUCAGAAGAUAUAUGACCAAGUCGUUGGGCCUCACCAAAUAGAACUUGACGCCAUCCGAUUGAGAAAGGAAAAUGCGUCAAAAGGAGCAACAAAAGAACAAAGUAUCUUAAAUAAUGCUCAACGAAAUACAGCGAAAGCAAUGAGCAGGAAGAUAGAUCUAGAAAAUGACAAACGAGGAACUGAAGAAGCUAUCACGAAGCUGGAAUCAGUGGAAGAUAAUAAAGAAGUGGAUAUCAACAAGCUUACAAAACAAAAGAUUCAACAAGAGAAAUCGCUGAAAGAAGCAGAAUCGAAAGUGAAAGAAGCACUGGAGAAGAAUUCUGAAUUAGAUGCGGAAGAGGUUGAACUUAAAAAAAAAUGUAUUGAUUCAGUACGCUUGCUGAGCGAGCACUCAAAGUCGCUGGAACACAAGCUAGGAAAAUUAACUUCUAUUGAUAAUAAAAUGAAAACUCUACAUUUAUGCUAUGUAGAGUGUUUGGACCGUUUGCCCGAAUCACUUCAAGCAAAUAACGAUGAUGACGACUAUGGAUUGCACGAAGCCUUGCAAAUUGAGCGUGAAUUUUUCAAAAAGUUAAAAAGUAAUGAGCUGGUUGCAGAGGCUGAUCAAGAUGGCAUCAUACGUUACAGCACUAUGCCGAGUUAUACUGAAGAAGAAAUAAAAACUUUCAAUUUGCAAAACAUAAAAUUCAGUUUGGUAAACUUAGAAAAACGUAAGGCUGGCAAAGUUGUCAAUACAAAUGGUUUACAAGAAUAUCUAACUAAGCUUCAACGUUACGAUCGCGAAGUUGAAGCUUUGGCAGAAAUCUCAACAAAACGUGAUAAGCAUCGUCAAUUUUGUGAACAGUUGAAAAAACAAAGGAUGAAUGAAUUUAUGGAUGGCUUUACACGGAUCGGUCUGGCAUUGAAAGAAAUGUAUCAAAUGAUAACAUUAGGUGGUGAUGCCAGUUUAGAUUUAGUCGAUUCACUUGAUCCGUUCAGUGAAGGAGUUUCUUUUGGAGUUAGACCACCUAAAAAAUCAUGGAAGCAGAUUACUAAUCUGUCAGGAGGUGAGAAAACGCUAUCUUCAUUGGCUUUAGUAUUCGCUUUACACCAUUAUCGACCAACACCGUUGUAUGUAAUGGAUGAAAUCGAUGCUGCUCUGGAUUUUAGAAAUGUUUCAAUUAUCGGUCAUUAUAUAAAAGACCGAACUAAAAAUGCUCAGUUCAUCAUCAUUUCGUUACGGAAUAAUAUGUUUGAGCUCGCAGAUCGUCUUAUUGGCAUUUAUAAAACGUUUGAUUGCACAAAAUCCGUCGCUAUCGAUCCUUACAUUGUUCAGAGUAUAAUAAAGCCGCUUCACGCUUUGAAGGAAGUAAAAAAAGGAAACAUGAAAAGCAAUGACAAGCAACAUGUAAAUAACGAUAUUGAUUUAACACAGGUACCAUUUCGAGAAGAAUUUAAAGUUUCGGAUGAAAUGACAAAUACAAACACGGAUGGUUCGAGGACAGCUUCUGCAGUUUCAGGUUUAUUUUUAUCAUUUUCAAUGAGAAUGAGUGGUUAUUUUCUUUGUUUCUACAAAUCAAGGUCAAAAACAGCGUCUCCGCUCCUUGUUCCUCCACCAAUCAAGAAGAGAUCUCCUAAAAAUACUGAAACCCCAGUUUGGGAUGUUCCUCCAACAAUUACUGUGCGACGUUCACGUGCUGCAUCCAUUCAUCCCGAGUGUUUGAAUGGAAAAUUAGAUAGCAUUGUAAAAGAUGGUUAUACGAAUGGGGUUGAUAAUAAUGAAGAUGAUAGAAGUGAUGCUUCAAGUAACUCUUGUGGUGCUGCUUCGAAGUCAAAGCGACCAAAAAUCAGGCUUUCAGAUUCCAAGCAUUCAGGAAAACCUGUAUCAGAUACAGAUAGGCUGGAGCAAUUUGCGCAAAUGUUGUAG